UAACUUUCUACUUCCAAUAUGGCUUCAAUUGGAACCAUAAUUUAUUCACCCCCUCUACCUACAUUCACUAUCUAGUAUUAUAAUUAGAUAUCUAUGGGGGGUACUUACUUUUGUGAUGCGUUUUCGGAGUUGGACGAAACGCCCCAAUCGACGUUUUUAGUCCUGACGGCGGUGCGUUCGGCCUCCACCAGCUCCCCGAUUUUGUAUUUCACCAUCAAUUCCCUGGCAUCGUUCGAGUGGCCUACGUCCUCGAAGGCUUCGCUCGCCUCCCGACCGGCCUGCUCCAACAGCACUUCUUCGCCCCCGGGAUGCUACAAAAGACGAUUACAUACCGCCGACGAGCCUGAAUUAAAGCGAAAUAAUUCAUUCGACCGGUCGAGUUCGAGCAGGAAAAAUGUUCACCGCAGGAAUCGUAUUAUUAUCGAUAUUCUCGGUCGCUUGUGCGGGAGUUUUGCUGCAAAUUAUCCUGGCUGUAGCGCACAAAAAGAAAAUGUACAAACUUCUAGACCAAGGAUAUUAUUUUUUGGAAGUGAAAUCGAGCUGGGGAAGGAAAGUUCUGAAGCCGAUCCAUCCGGAUAACGUUGAUUUGAGCACAGGUGUUCCCAAACUAAUCAGCUCGGUGAGGUUCUCGUGACACCGGAAAAAUUAAACAAAUUCCAGCUAAUUAUAUCUUAUCAAUAAACCAUUUAAAUUCGU